AUGGUAAUGGGUCUUCAGUUUGAAGCCGCAAGGAGAGAAAUUAACGACUGGGUAAGCACACAGACAGCUGAGAAAAUACAAGACCUUUUGCCACAAGGAUCUUUAAAUCCAUUGACUGCUAUGGUAUUGGUGAACGCUAUCUACUUCAAAGGAGACUGGAAGACAAAAUUUAAAGUUACCAAGGAUAUGACCUUUCAUAGCCUUAAAGGUCAAGAGAAGACUGUGAAAAUGAUGUUUCAAAAAGCUACCAAGUUUCCGCUUAAACAUGAUGAUGACAAAAAGGUUUUGGAAUUGCCAUACAAAGGAAACAGUCUUUCAAUGGUUAUUAUUUUACCCGAUGAUAGAGAUGGAUUGUCUGCCCUUGAAGAGAAGUUAACUCCGUCUGCAUUGAAAGGACUGAUGACAGACAUGCCACCUAUAAAAGUAGAAGUGUUUCUACCGAAGUUUAAACUUAAAUCUGGCUUUGAGCUUUCAGAAGUUUUUCAACAAAUGGGAAUGAAAGAUCUGUUUGACAAAACUAAAGCUGACUUGUCUGGUAUCGACGCUUCCAGGAUGUCAUACGUGUCCGCCAUAUUUCAUCAAGCUUUCGUCGAUGUCAACGAGGAAGGAACAGAAGCGGCUGCUGCCACUGCCACUGCCGUCGUAAUGAUGAAAAGAUCUCUUCCACGACCACCAUUGCAGUUCAAAGCCGAUCACUCAUUUAUGUUCGUUAUCGAAGAUAAUCGGUCGGACACAAUUUUGUUUGUGGGAAGGUUUGUCGAUGUUGAUGAGACCCGCUAA